UGCGACUGCGACAGCAGGUUCCGCCGCUGCCUCCUGGACCUCAACGACACCAUCUCCAACCUCAUCGGCGUCACCUUCUUCGACCUCCUCGAGGUGCCGUGUUUCGUGCUGGAGCCAAGCGAGGCGUGUGUGCAGUGGCACUGGUGGGGAGGGUGCCAGCGUUAUGGGAUGGUGCCCUUGGCCAGGAUGGUGCAGCCGCAUCAGUACCAUGCAGGUCCCCUAUCACCACUGGAGGAGGAGGGGACGAACGGUGCCACCAGGCAGCCCCUGCGCGAGGGCAGGGGGCAGCCCCCCAGGCUAGGCCACAAGCAGCUCCGACAGAGGCUGGGACAAAAUCCGCAGCUCCGCCAGGUGCCGAGCGCUGGGCAGAAGCAGAGACUCGUGGUGCCACCGCAGCAGGGCGCUGAGGCCCCGACUCCCGCAUCUCCCAGCGGGGAGGCUGAGCCCACAACCGGGUCCCUGUCGGCAGCAAGGCCUCCCGCAGCGGUGGCCAUGCGGGAGCAGGACUCUGAAGGAAGGCAGGAGCUGGGAGCAGCGCGGGAAGGGGGCCACGGGCAGCCAUGCAGAUGCUUCAAGCGCCUGGACAAGUGCGAGCAGCAGGUUGCGCCCCGCGAGCUCAAGUACACACUGCACAAUGCAGACACCCGCACCCUCUUCCACUGCAACUGCACGCGCAGCUGCGUGGCCACGGUCCAGGCUCUGCUCGUCCCUGCUUGGCAUCUCCGCAGCGCCUUACGGCACUGGGGUUCCCUGCCCGCGGGCGCCCUGGCGAAGCAGCAGGCGCAGACAAUGGAGGACAGCGGUGGGACGCUCUACCAGCGCUGCUUGCAACUGGCGUCGGAACAGAGAGGGGGAGCCCGGCUGCCUACGGCACCGCGAUGA